AUGGGGUUGUAUAAGCCGCGGACGGACACAAUCGACCAGUUCGUGUCGGCCGAGAUCCCCGACCCGGUGGCGGAGCCAGAGCUACACGCCACCGUGACCACCAAGAUGGUGCACGGCCCGUGCGGCGCCCACCGGCCGGCAGCCUCUUGCAUGACGGACGGCGUGUGCAGCAAACGGUACCCCAAGUCGUUCGCCGCUGUCACCGCGGUGACCGACAAUGGGUACCCCCAGUACCGCCGCCGGAGCCCAGCGGACGGUGGACGCACCGUCGUGCUCGACAGGCAGGGCCGCCAGGUUGUCAUUGACAACCGUUGGGUCGUCCCCUAUAACCCCCUCCUCAGCCGCGCCCUGGACUGCCACGUGAAUGUCGAAAUAAUAACUCACGCCUUCACGUGCAUAAAAUAUGUGAUAAAAUAUGUCACUAAGGGCGCCGAUCAGGUGAUGUUCAGGGUUGCGGAUGGGGAGGAAGUGGUGGACGAGAUCGCCACCUACCAGCAAAGUCGCUACCUCAGCACCAUGGAGGCGGCCUGGCGUCUGCUGGCCUACCCGGUCCACGACCACGCGCCGACGGUGGAGCGGCUGCCGGUGCAUCUGGGCGGCGAGGACCAGCCGCUGCGCUUCGCCGCCGGCGACAGGCUGGACGAGGUGGUGCAGCGCGGGGCGGACACCAAGCUAACCAGCUUCUUCAAGCUAUAUGCUGAAGAUGAUUUCGCAGCCACUCUGUUCUACCACCAGGUGCCCCGCUACUUCACCUGGCAGCAGCCGACGCGCAGCUGGCGGCGGCAGCGCACCUCGCCCAGAGACUUAAAGUCGUACUUCAUCAAGACGGCAGCGCUCUGGAUGGCUCAGGAGACGCCCGGUGGCUUGUGGAUCACGCACGGCAUGCACCGGCUCCUGGACUGGCUGGAGCAGCGCCUCGAUGACGGAGUGCUGCCCUGCUACUUCUACCCGGCCAUCAACGUGGCGGCGGAGCUGACCGCGGAGUAA